ACUGCUAGCACUCUUGUUGUAGAUGAAGCCAAAUCUUCCGGAAUCUACAGCUGUGUGGCAUCCAAUAAAGUGGGAAAAGCCGAAAGAAAUGUCAGCUUUAUUGUAACAGAUGUACCGAGUGGAUUCCAUAUUAGUUUGGAAAAAAUGCCCAUUGAAGGAGAGAAUUUGAUAUUGUCCUGUUCGGCCAACAAAUUCCUGUACAAAGACAUUGCUUGGAUUUUACCGAGGACAGUCAACAAUCAAACGAAAGCAAAAAGGUCUCUCAACAAGGAGUACUCCAUCACCCUCACUCUGACCAUCAAGAACGUUUCCCUGGCACACUCAGGCACCUAUGCCUGCCGAGCAAGGAACAUAUACACGGGGAAAGAAGUGCUUCAAAAGAAAGACGUUACAAUCAGAGCUCAAGAGGCACCGGCCCUGCUGCGACACCUUGCUGAUCAGACAGUGAACACCAGCAACUCGGCCAUGUUGGAGUGCCAGGUUCGUGGCAUCCCCGAGCCUCAGAUAUCCUGGUUUAAAAAUCAUGAGGAAAUACAGCAAGAAUCAGGAAUAAUCUUAGGGCCUGGAAGCCGAAUGCUGUUUAUUGAAAGAGUAAAAGAGGAGGAUGAAGGACUUUACCAGUGUAUAGCCACCAACUUAAAAGGGUCUGUGGAGAGUGCGGCAUAUGUCACAGUACAAGGCACAUCGGAGAGGUCAAACCUGGAGCUAAUAACCCUGACCUGUACCUGCGUGGCUGCAACGCUCUUUUGGCUGCUGUUGACCCUCUUCAUCCGCAAGCUGAAGAGGCCUUAUUCCUCCGAAAUGAAGACCAACCAUUACCUGUCAAUCAUAAUGGAUCCUGACGAAGUCCCCUUAGAUGAGCAAUGUGAACGUCUGCCUUAUGAUGCCAGCAAGUGGGAGAUUGCAAGGGAAAGGCUUAAACUAGGAAAGUCUCUUGGACACGGAGCUUUUGGAAAGGUGGUACAAGCAUCUGCUUUUGGAAUUAAGAAAUCACCAACGUGCAGAAUAGUUGCUGUGAAAAUGCUGAAAGAAGGAGCCACAGCAAGCGAGUACAAAGCGCUGAUGACUGAGCUGAAAAUCCUGAUUCACAUUGGUCAUCAUCUCAAUAUUGUGAAUUUGUUGGGAGCUUGCACGAAAAAUGGAGGGCCUCUGAUGGUGAUUGUUGAAUACUGCAAAUAUGGAAAUUUAUCAAACUACCUGAAGAGCAAGAGGAAUUUUUUCUGCCCCAACAAGGACUCCUCUCUGCAAGGAGAGCCAUUGAAAGAGAAAAAGGAUAUUGAGCUGGUGGAAGGCAAAAAACAAAGGCUGGCCAGUGUCACCAGCAGCGAGAGCUUCGCGAGCUCCGGGUUCCAGGAAGAUAAAAGUCUGAGCGAUGUGGAGGAGGACGAGGAGGAUGCUGAUGAGCUGUACAAGUUGCCCCUCACAAUGGAGGACCUGAUCUCUUACAGCUUUCAGGUGGCCAGAGGCAUGGAGUUCCUCUCCUCCAGAAAGUGCAUUCAUCGUGACCUGGCAGCCAGAAACAUUCUUUUAUCUGAGAACAAUGUCGUGAAGAUCUGUGAUUUUGGCCUCGCAAGAGAUAUUUAUAAGAACCCUGAUUAUGUGAGAAAAGGAGAUGCUCGACUUCCUCUCAAGUGGAUGGCUCCAGAAUCCAUAUUUGAUAAAAUCUACAAUACAAAAAGUGACGUGUGGUCCUACGGGGUCUUGCUGUGGGAGAUAUUUUCCUUGGGUGCUUCUCCUUACCCUGGGGUCCAAAUAGACGAGGAUUUCUGCAGCAGACUAAAGGAAGGCACAAGAAUGCGAGCCCCAGAGCAAGCGACCGAGGAGAUUUACCAAAUCAUGCUGGACUGCUGGAGAAGCAAUCCCAACGACAGACCAAGGUUCUCCGAGCUGGUGAAAAAGCUGGGCGACCUGCUGCAAGCAAAUGUCCAGCAGGAAGGCAAAGACUACAUACCCCUCAAUACUAUAUUUACAACAGAAAGUGGGUUUCCUCCUGCAUCUGAUCCUUUGUGCAAUGAAAAUUUUUCUGUUACAAGCUCAAAUUGUGGAAGCACUGAAAACGUCAGAUACAUUAACACUUUCAAAAUAAAACCAGCACGGAGCAUAAAGACAUUUGAAGAGCUUCCCAUCAAGAAAACGCUUGUAUUUAAUGAUUAUCAAGCAGACAGUGGGAUGGUGCUGGCUCCAGAAGAACUGAAACGCUUCACGUGGACAGGCAGCAAGCAGAAACGGACACUCUUUGGUGUGAAAGGUGCCAGCAGGAGCAAGGAGUCAGUGCUUUCUGGAAUAACCAAGCCAAGGAGCUUCUGCAGCUUCAGUUGUGACCAGCUCAGUGACUCCAAGCAAAGAUACACCUACAGUAAUGCUGUGCUGGAGAAAAUGAAAGCCUGCCAUUCUCCCCCUCCAGACUACAACUCUGUGGUCUUUUAUUCUCAGCAACCCAUUUAAGUACUUCUAGGCCAAGACUUA